AGCGAGAGGAGACAUGCUGUACACAGAGCUCACACUGAAGAUGAUCACACUGAUGUGGAUCACAGUGAUGCUUUUUAAUCAAACUGAUUCUGCACAGAUAAAUGACCUCAAUCAGCCGAACCCAGUGAUCGCUGCUGGUGUUGGUGAGAACGUGACUCUGCACUGUUUUAAACUGCUGAAGGAAAACAGUGGAACUAUCAUCUGGUUCAAGCAAAAAGUCGGACAGGAGCCUCAGGUAAUGGUGGCUGUUCAACAUGAACCAAAAUAUAUAGAUGAGUUCAAGCCACCAAAAUUCAGCAUCGAGAAAGAAAAAGCGGGCUUCCAUUUGAAAAUUGUUAACGUGGAACCAUCAGAUGAAGCCUUGUAUUACUGUGGACUUUUGUAUUUCUGUGGACAUUCAACAAGUUUUGAAAAAGGAACCUUUUUAUCAGUGAAAGGUGAUGGAGAUGUAAAAGUGUCAGUGAUCCAGAGCGGCGUGUUGGACUCGGUUCCUGCAGGAGCGUCAGUGACUCUGCAGUGCUCAGUUCGCUCUGAGAGCAGAGCAGCAGAACACCAAGUGCUCUGGUUCAGAGCUGCUUCACCACAAUCCCAUCCUCAAAUCAUUUACACUCAUCACAACAGCAGCCGUCAGUGUGAGAGCGGCUCUUCUACACACACCUGUGUGUACGACUUCUCCAAGAACAUCCUCAGCAUCAAUGAUACUGGAACUUACUACUGCGCUGUGGCAGUGUGUGGGAAGAUCAUUUUUGGGAACGGGACUCGAGUACAGUUGGAGAACUCUCCAAAUCCUGAAGUGAUCUACUUCGCAGUGGUGGUGGCAGUGUGUGUGGUUGUGAUCUUUGCUCAAGCUUUUAUAAUCUGUAAAAUGAGGAGCUGCAAACAAAUCAGAGUGAGAUCUCAACAAGAUUGUGUGGCCGAGGAAACACCCAAUCAGGGUCGUGAUGCAGUGGAGCUGAAUUACGCGGCUUUACAUUUCAAAAAGAACAAAACGAAAAGGGUGACAAGAAAGAGAGAAAAACCUGAUUGUAUUUAUUCUGAUGUGGCUUCUGGUACCUAGAUUAUAUUUCUAAUUUAUUUCAUUUAAUGUAUGAAAGAGUUCUGUUUUAAGAUUUACUUUUCAGAAGUGAAAUUUAUUCCAUGUGUGGUGAAUUU